AUGCUGUGCUCUGUGCCUGACUGGCUUUGUGAUAGCAGAAAACUUGAAGUGUUGGAGCUUAACCACAAUUGUCUUACUGAAUUACCAAUACAACUGCUGUCCUCUGGGAGUUUGAGAAAACUGCUCACUGGCUGGAACAAUGUGUGCCGGCUGGCUGAGAGGCUGGAGAGAUCACAGCUGGAGGUGCUGGAUCUGCAGCACAAUCAUCUGACUGAACUUCCAAGCAACUUAUUCAUCAAAGCACAAAGUUUGCGAUACCUCAAUGUCUCUGCCAAUAAGCUGGAAAAUCUUCCUCCAGCUUGUUUGUCUGAGGAUGGGUUCAGCCUCUUAGAAGAGUUAUAUUUGACCAACAACUGCUUGACAGAAAAGUGUGUGCCACUCCUCACUGGACACAGCCAUCUGAGAGUGCUUCACCUCGCUUACAACCAGCUACAGAGCUUUACAGCCAGUAAACUGGCACGACUCGAGCAACUAGAGGAACUAGACCUGAGCGGUAACCGGCUACGGUCUGUGCCUACCACCAUCCUGAGCUGUCAGCGCCUGCACACUCUCUCGGCCCACUCCAACGGCAUCAACGCCUUCCCUGAGGUCCUCCAGCUGCCUGAGAUUAAGUGUGUGGACUUGAGCUGCAAUGAACUCACAGAAGUAUCCCUCCCUGAGAGUCUUCCUGUAAAACUCCAGGAACUGGAUCUAACAGGAAAUCCUCGCCUCAACUUGGACCACAAGAGCCUAGAGCUGCUUAAUAACAUCCGCUGCUUCAGGGUUGAUCCAUCUCCAUCAGCACCGUGUGUCAGUGAGAGUCGUGGGGCACCUUCAGUCUGGAGCCAUAGUUACACAGAGGCCUCCGGAGUCAAAAACAAACUAUGUGUGGCAGCUCUGGCUCUGGACAGCUUCUGUGGGAUUCGGGAGGCGCUGUAUGGAGUGUUUGAUGGUGACAAAAAUGUGGACAUUCCUUAUUUACUACAGUGCACAAUGGGAGAUGUUUUGGCAGAGGAAUUUCACAGGGCACAAAGACAAGAAGACUACAUGACCAGCACUUUUCUGACAAUGCAAAGAAAGCUGGGCACAGCAGGACAGAGGAUGGGUGGCUCAGCAGCUUUGUGUCACAUUAGGCAUGACCCUGUAGCACUUGGGGAGCACUGUGGCUGUUUUACGCUCAAGACGGCCAAUGUGGGUCGCUGCCAGGCCGUGCUGUGCCGAGAUGGCAAAGCUAUGCAACUUACCACUGUGCACACUGUGAAGGAGGAAGUAGAGUACCAGAGGGUACGACACCACAACGCCAUCAUUACAGAGGACAACAAAGUCAGUGGAGUGACUGACUGUACCAGGAUUAUGGGCUACUCCUUCCUUUGUCCCUCAGUGUCCCCUCGUCCACAUGUGUCCACUGUGACGCUCACGCCUCAAGAUGAGUUCUUUCUCCUGGGAAGCCGAGGUUUGUGGGAAAUGUUGUCUCCUACUGAAGCUGUGGAGGCGGUCAGGAACGUUCCCGAUGCCCUGGCUGCAGCUAAGAAGCUGGUGACUCUGGCUCAGAGCUACGGCUGUGCAGACAGUUUAAGUGCAGUAGUUGUCCGACUGAGUGUGACAGAAGACUGCUGCUGUUUCUGUGAGCCCCCGCCCCCUCCUCCAAGUCCUGGACCAGGGGUACACACAGGCACACACCCCUAUCAGACCAGUGAUGGAGGCAUUCCUCUACCCCCACCAUCAUCAGGGACUGUGAGUGAGCUGAGCAGUGAGCUGAGCAUGUCUGAAAUGAGCAGUGAGGUAGGCUCCACGGCCUCCUCGGAGGAGCCUCCUCCACAGACUGAGCCCAUGGCGACACACUUGCAUCUGCCAGGGCGAAUCGGAGUGAGGAGACCCGCAGGAGGAGGCGGCUUCCACAGGCAGUUCUCUGGAGCUCUGUCUGACAAUGGUCUGGACAGUGAGGAUGAAGAGCCCAUUGCAGGAGUUUUCUCUAAUGGAAGUCGUGUGGAAGUUGAAGCUGAUGUUCACUGUUUGAAAAGUCGGGAACAUCCCCUUCCCCAAACUAACUUUCAAACAAACCAGACUAAUAUUCCUCCCUCCAGCACAGGGCAUCAAGAGCCUACACAGGCCUCCUACUCUCCUGUACCCCCAUCUUCUCCCUGCCUCAGCGCAGAGUCUCGCUCUGGUACCCUCGGACGCAGGGGCCGGGCCAAUGGCUCUGUUGCUUGUCAAGCCCGGAGCCAGGAUGUGAUUGAGGAGGCAGGGGAUGCUCCUGUCAGGAAACAGGGAGGCUACUUCAAUGCACCUGCACAGCCAGACCCUGACGAUCAGCUGAUCAUCCCCCCAGAGCUGGAGGAGGAGGUGCGUCAGAUCAUCCAACAGCAGCAGCAAGAACAAAUGCAGGCACACAACCAGCAAACUCAUCCCUACCAGAAACCUGCGGACUACUUUGUGACUCCCCUCUAA